UUUUUUUUUCUCUAAAAAAUUUCUCUCUCAUUCAUCCUUUUUUUCUACCUCAUUUCUUCUCUCGUAUUUAUAAAUCACUUUCAAGCGGCAAUUUAGAAGCCAGAUUCCGGUCGCUGCCUUUUUGAAACUUUAUUUUUAACUUUUUUUUUACCCUCCGUCUCUCUGUCUUUACCCCUUCUCUUCUUAAAUAUUACUUUUAACUGUUUUACCUUUUUACCGCUCAUUAUUUUAGCCAAACAACCCCAUUUCUUAAAAAAUUUGAAAAAUAUGGGGUCCCCUGUUUUAUCUCUCGGGGGAUUUAUUUUUUAUUUAUAAUAGAUAUUUUGUGCCGACGUGGCAUGCACCAAAAAAGGCGCAACAAUGAACACCAAAACGAUGCGCCUCCCUCCCCGUCGGGUUACCAUGCCCAACAACAAGCGAAAAGAAAGAGACAAUUUUGACCUCAAACACCUAACCCCUUCAGCCACAAAAUUACCCAAGCCGGCUGUCCCCUUAGCCGGUUCUGAAAAAGCCUCCCAACCGUUUCUCUCAAACCAGCUCCUAGCUGGAUACCUGGCCCACGAGUUCCUCACUUGUGGGACACUGUUCGGCCAACCGUGGGACCCGGCCCGACAGCAACAAACGGCCGCCGAAUCCGGGAGGGGAGUUAGAGAAGAUGCCGAGCCAAGCGAGAGAUCCGGAGCACGCGACCCCGAGCCAAAGCCGAGGGAGGCGAAGCAUCAAAGGUACGUGGAAGUGGCAAGCCUACUGAAGACAGAUGGGGCCCACAUACCGGGCAUUGUCAACCCGAGCCAGCUCGCUCGUUUCUUACAUAUGUGAGGUUGUUUUCUCACACGUGGAGACACCUCAUUGGGCAUCGUUUUCCUUCACAUUUAAAGCAGCAGACCAGAAAGAAAAAGAAUGAAAACGAUAAAAGGAAAAGAAAAACCUUUUCUGGAGAGCGUAUCUUAUCUUCUUCUCCGUCUUUCUACUGAAGAAGUUCUCUGUGGAGUACGUAGCCUUAGCCCCAUAGUUUUGUUUUAUUGUUGUUGAAGGUAUGCAUGCUAGAUGCAUGCAUUCAUGCCUGUACAUUUGAUGUGUAUGAACUGAAUAAUACAAAUGAAAAUUUCUGCAAUGCUUUCCAAUACUUUUGAUAAUGUUGUUAGGUUACUAAAAAAGUCAAAUAAGAACAGAGCAAUGUCGUUGGUAUAUAUAGAUAACAGAUUGUCUCCUUUGAUAGAACAAAAUUGGUGUUUUUUUUAACGGUUGAUUUGAGUUUGCAAAUUAAGUCGGUGUUUUGAUUUGCCAAACUGCAGUUCAUGAAAUGCAAAAAAGUGUUAGAUUAAA